UUGAAUUUUGUGCUAUUGUGAAAAAGUUUUUCUUCCAUAUUUUUUGUUGAAAGUAAUUUUUGGUUAUUUUUUUUUGCAUUUUUGUUGGUGAUUUGUCCUGUGUGUCGAAAUUUCAUAACUAAUUUUUUUAAAUUUGCAUAGAUCCAUAGCCCAAAUUUGACACCAUGCAAGGCGAAGUGAUGUGUGAAGUACCCGCAGAGGAUAACGAUAUGCCAGAAACUUGUGGUGAUUAUUGUCCAAAUCAAUGUGAUCCCUGCCAAAUGGCUGGAGAAAUUUCUCCAUGUCCAACAGAAGAUUGCGGUGGAGGCCGCUGCGAUUGUGGUGACUACUCCAGUUGCUGUUAUCAACAGCCACCCCGCACACUUCCUAUACGACCCAACACCAAUCUGGUGCCCUCCGAUGCUCCCAUGGAAAAGGAUACCAUAUACAAAUGCUCGUAUAUGCCCAAUUGUGGAGCUGAAUGCUAUACAGCGAAACCCAUUCGCCCUUGCACCAAUAUUGUGUCGCUUAAAGAACCAUUGGACAAAUGUACUAUACAGAAAUUAUCCUACAUGCCUCAUGUUUGUGUGGCUAGAGCUGAGCCCAUAAGGCCCAAAGAGAACGGUCUCAGUUUUCGAGGUCCUUUGUUGGCAAUAUCAUCUCAAAAACAUGAUUUCGUACCCAAGGGAUAUUGUCGCCGGCAGCCAAUUAAACCCUGCCCGGGAAUAGUUAAAGCUUGUGAUCCCUUGGAUAAAUGCACCACUUCCAAGUUAUCAUAUAUGCCAGUGAAUAUAUGUCAAAAUCCUCCGCCCAAGCCCAUAUUGCAGAGCUACAACUAUGUGCGGCCCACCGAACCUGGAGAGCGUUUUACUAUACAAAAACUAAGCUACAUGCCCUUAUGCUUGCCACCCAAAGAACCAAUGCCUUGGGCAGAAAGAGUUCGCUGUGAGCCACCUAAGUACGAACACUUGUGCACUACCUACAAUUUGAGUUACAUACCCAAUUGCAACACAGGAAGAAUAGCUCCCAUAUUUCCCAUAAGUGCCUUAAAAAAGCUGGGUAGCGAACACAAUGAUGGCAAUACGGUUUAUAAGUUAAGUUACAUAGGCCCCGAUGGUCAAUGCUGUCGUCCAGCUCCCAUUUUACCCAUAAAUGGUUUGCAAUUGCCUACAGGUCCCAUGGAAAAGUGUACUGUACAAAAAUUAUCUUAUCAACCGAAUUGCUGUUCGUCCCGCACCCCAGCCAUAAGACCUAAAGAGAAUUGCAUCAAACCUACAGGCCCUAUGUACUUCAUGACUACACAAAAACAUGACUAUGUUAUGAAACCUUUGUGUCGACCAAAGCCCAUAAAACCUAUAUCAGCCAUUAAGAGACCAACGGGAUGUGUAGAAAAAUGUACCAUUAACAAGUUAUCCUAUAUGCCUGUAAAUGUAUGCGAAAAUCCAAGACCAUCUGCCAUAAGGCCGAAGGCAGGCGUUUGUCGUCUUGAGGGACCCAUGGAAAAAUGUACCACCUACAAAUUGAGUUAUAUGCCAAGUUGUAUUCCAGCCAAAGAUCCCAUGCCUUGGGCUAAGGCUUCGAAUUAUGUAAAACCCAUAGGGCCCAUGGAGAAAUGUACCAUUCAGAAAUUGAGUUAUCGACCGCCGGGUACUUUUACCAAAUGUGGAGGUUGUCAGAAAAAUGCCAAUAAAACUUCAUAUCCUAAAGCGGGUAUCUGCAACUAAAUUCCAUCUAUUGGGCCAUAUACAAAAAUGUAAUUUUUCUAUUAAAAUUAGCCAUGAUUUUAAAUGCAACUUCCUCAAUGACAUAUCCAAAAAAAAUUCUCCUCUCUUUAUGUAAUUAAAUGAUUUAAACAAUUACAA